AUGACAGGUGGAUCAUCAGAACCAUCUGAUUUGAAAAAGCUCAAGUCGAAAUACUCCUCACAGCUUUCUACCCUCAGGGAGCUAUUCACAGAAUGGACAGACGAUGAUCUUUUGUUUGCCAUUCAAGAGGCCGACGGGGAUCUCGAAGUCGCAGUAGACCGAAUCAGUGAAGGCCAUGUCUUUCAAUGGGGUGAAGUGAAAAGCAAAAAGUCAAAAAAGGAAGCAGCAGCACAAAAGGCCAAAGCCGCGGCAGCCACCAAUCCUUCACCACCAGCAGCAGCAGCAGCAGCACAACAAACAUAUUCACACCGUUCGGAACGGCCACAGUCGUCAUACAGAGGCAAUAAUGAUCGAUCUAGAAGAGGCGGUCGUGGUGGACACGGUUCGCGAGGCCCAAGACAAGCAAACAACCAUGCGGCAUCGACAGCACCUGCUGCUGCCACCUGGGGAACGGCCCCUCCGACAAAGUCAUCGUUCCAGCCCGAUGGUGACUCGUGGGCCGCAAUCGCCUCUAGCAAAACGAAUGCAACCGCCGAUGACAGCUGGGUUGGCGGCAGUGGUCAACAAGCAGACACCGCAAACGGCAGCGGCAGUGGAUGGGAUGCUUCCUCGAAUACACCUGGAGGCUGUGAUGAUACUAACAACAAUGCUACAACUACCGCUACCACUACGACAUCUACUACGACAGCAGCACCCGAAGCAGAAUCAGAAAACAAAGCAUCUACUACUACGUCAUCUGAACCGAAAACAUGGGCUAGCCUACUCAAGUCACAACCCAAGCCUGAACCUGAACCGCAAUCAAAGAAAGAACCUGAAAGCGCUAGUGGAUGGGAUGUUCCUACAACAACGAAUGAUUCGUGGAACAGCAACGACAAUGAACCUGUCCAGGACUUUAAUGAUGAGCCAAAGAAGGAAGCGUCGUGGGAUGAACCAGCAGCAGCAGCAACAAGUGAUGAAUGGAACGCGCCUUCUACCACUACCACCGAUGGCUGGGGAGCACCUACCGAAGAGACAUCCGCUACUACUACGACUACUACCGAAAAGGAACCUGAAACCACCACCACUACUACUACUACUCCUAUUACCACAGAAACACACGAAGAAAAACCCGCCGAAAUUGAACCUGCCAACGAACAGCAACAACAACAAUUGCCACAAGAAGAAGUACCCGUUACCCGAAAGCAAUCCACCAAUAGCCGUCGUUUGAAGCAAGAUGCUCCUGUCGUCUUGCCCAACAACAGUGCCUCAUUGAGCUCCAUUGGUGUUAAAUUUGGCAGCUUGAAUCUCGAUGACAACUCUACUGAGACCGUUGACAUUCAAAAGACCACUUUGCAAUCAGAGCCCAGCCGGAUGAUGAAGAACAAAGAGAAAAUUGGGUUGGUGAUAUUCGCUAAAUCGAUUUUGGUGGGGGGGGGGGGUUCUAGGGACCAAGAAGAAGCUAUUGUCGAGAAUCAAUAUGGUGCUGCCGAUGCUUUUGGAAGCGCACCUUUGAAGCAACAACAACAAGCUGUAGAGCAGCAGCAACAACAGCAGCAGCCACAGCAGGAGACCCUUCCUCAACAGACACAGCCACAACAACAGGCACACCUUCAGCAGCAGCAGCAGCAAGCCCAUCAGGCUCACCAACAGCAGCAGCAGCUCUUUGGCGUCGACCAGCUUCCUUCGGGCUACAGUUCUUAUCUGCCCAACCAGCCACCAGCCAACUUGUCUGGUUUUGGUGUCAGCCCCAUGGGCUCGCUUCCUGAAUACGGUGUCUAUGGCACUGAGGCACACCGUGCCGCUGCUGCUAUGGGCUACUAUGAUCCCUCUGCUUACAGCCAAUCUCCCUCAGUCACCUCUGCUGGCACGUACCAGGGCCGUGACAAACACAACCAAGAUGGCGUGGGCUCGAUGCCUCAGCACUCGGGUGCGCAGACCCCGGGCGCUGCUCAGCAAAUGUACCCAGCCAAUAUGCCUUACUACCCAUACUACUACAUGCCCAACCAGUUUGGCUACCAGCAAUCCUAUGGCCAACCGUUUUUGAACAAGAACAUGUACCCAAACAUGUACCAGCAUUCCGUGGGUAAGCCCAGCACUGGGUCCGCUGCUUCGCCCUAUGGUGCUGCCUCUGGCUCGCCAUACUCGCAGCAAACCAUGUAUGGCCAGUCCGUCACUGGCGGUGCUGCUGCAGCAGCAGCAGGAGCAGGAGCAGGUAGCGGUGUAGUAGGCUAUGACGACAUGUCGGGUCUCCAGCACCAUUUGGGUGGCAUGAGUCUCCAUGACUAUCAAAAGCCGUACCAACAACAGUUGCCCGGAUUCCUCGGCAGUACCGGUGCGGGUGGUCAACAGCCUCAACAGGCGAUGCAGCAGCAGCAGCAACAGCAGGCAGUACCUAGCCAGCAACAGUCGAACAAGAACGAAGUGGCAGGCGGUCCAUUGAACAAGUCGGCCACCAACGCUGCCGGUGGAAGCAACGGUCAUCACCUCCACCAGCAGCAACAGCAGCAACAGCAGCAGCAUCAACAGCAGCAGCAGCAGCAGAGCUAUCAGCAGGCAAUGAACCCUGGCAAUUACUUUGGUCAUUCGGGCUUCCCUUACCAGCAGCAGUACCCGCAGCAGCACUUUGCUCACUUCCAGCAACAACAGCCUGGCCAACAGCAGCAGCAACAACAACAACAGCAAGCACCUUCUGCUCAGCAACCAUCUCCCAUGGGUCGCCAGCAGCCUUACUGGAGCCAGUAA